GAAGAAGGAGGGAAGGGAGAGGCAGGAGAGGAGAGGUGGGGAGCGAGGGAGGAGGCGAAGCAGGAUGGAGACAUGGAGUUAGGCGGCUCGGGAGCGCUUAAUGAAAAGCCAGCGGGGAGGGGGGUGUGGAUUGGAAACCAGAGGUAACCCCAGGGAGCAGGGCCAGGCAGAGAGGAGGAGAGGGAGAGUGGACGGUUGGAGGGACAGAGGAGAGCUAGGAGGAGACGCACAGAGAGGGGACAGGAGUGGUUUGGGGUGGGGUUGGGGGGUCCUCAGUCCUCUAGUCGCCCGGGUAUUUGGGGGAAUCGGGGAGGGGGGGGGAGACUGGACGUCCUGGAGGGACAGGGUCCCAGGAAGAGGUGAAGGAGGAGCUGAGAAAAGAAGGAGGGGGGGGGCAGGGCACCAAGAAGGGGUUGCUCCGAGGCCUCCCGGGGAAUGGGGGGUGCGGCUCGUCUGAGCGCCCCUCGAGCGCUGGUGCUCUGGGCUGCGCUGGGGGCGGCAGCUCACAUCGGACCGGCGCCCGACCCCGAGGACUGGUGGAGCUACAAGGAAAAUCUCCAGGGAAACUUCGUGCCAGGGCCUCCCUUCUGGGGCCUGGUGAACGCGGCCUGGAGUCUCUGCGCGGUGGGCAAGAGGCAGAGCCCCGUGGACGUGGAGCUGAAGAGGGUCCUGUAUGACCCCUUUCUGCCCCCGCUGAGGCUCAGCACUGGGGGAGAGAAGCUCCGGGGAACCCUGUACAACACCGGCCGCCACGUGUCCUUUCUGCCUGCUCCCCGGCCUGUGGUCAACGUGUCUGGGGGGCCCCUCCUCUAUAGCCAUCGUCUCAGUGAGCUGCGCCUGCUAUUUGGGGCUCGAGAUGGAGCUGGCUCCGAGCACCAGAUCAACCACCAGGGCUUCUCAGCAGAGGUACAGCUCAUCCACUUCAACCAAGAGCUCUACGGGAACCUCAGUGCUGCCUCCAGGGGCCCCAAUGGCCUGGCCAUCCUCAGCCUCUUUGUUAAUGUGGCUGGCAGCUCAAACCCGUUCCUCAGCCGCCUUCUUAACCGUGACACCAUCACCCGAAUUUCCUACAAGAAUGAUGCCUACUUUCUUCAAGAUCUGAGCCUGGAGCUCCUCUUUCCUGAGUCCUUCGGCUUCAUCACCUAUCAGGGUUCCCUCAGCACCCCGCCCUGCUCGGAGACUGUCACCUGGAUUCUCAUUGACCGGGCCCUCAAUAUCACCUCCCUCCAGAUGCACUCCCUGAGACUUCUGAGCCAAAAUCCUCCAUCCCAGAUCUUCCAGAGCCUCAGCGGGAAUGGCCGGCCCCUGCAGCCCUUGGCCCACAGAGCCUUGAGAGGCAACAGGGAUCCCCGGCACCCGGAGAGGCGCUGCCGAGGCCCCAACUACCGCCUGCAUGUGGACGGUGCCCUCCACGGUCGCUGAGACUCCCCCAGCGAGGAAUGCACCUGCCCUUCCCAAGCCUCCCUCACUUAGGGAGGGGAGCAAACCUCCCCCCCAAAAAAAACAGUGCUAUUAAAGGGACAGAACACUUC